GGUCCGAAUCGGACUAUAACUUGAUAUAGCUCCAAUAGCAUAACACUUCAUAUUCAAUAUUCUUUGUUUGCCUAAAAAGAGAUACUGCGCAUAGAACUCGACAAAUGCGAUCCAUGGUGGAGGGUAUAUAAGAUUCGGCCAGGUCGAACUUAGCACGUUCUUACUUGUUAAAGACUGUAGCGUGAUUUCAACAGACAGAUGGACCCUAUAAACUUUAUAGGGUCGGAAAUGGAUAUUUCGAUGUGUUGCAAACUAAAUGACAACAUGAAUAUACUCCCAUCCUUCGGUGUGGGUAUACAAAUGUGAAAAAAGAGUCUUUUUGCAUUUUUUGGUCAAAAAAUUUGGAAAUCGCACCACUAACGCAUACGCCUUUAUGAUGUAAGUACGACACUAAUCAAGCUCGACAACCUGUCCACUAGCAGCUAUUUUCUAACGUUUGUGUUGUAGUGAUGGAUUUGUUGUCCACACAACUACAAUUACAUUCAUUCUGUGCAUUCGAAAGUUGUGCAAACAGCUUCGAAUGCUAGACAAAGGCAACUGCUCUCGCUAAAGGGCGGAGUGACCAGGAUCGAAUUCUGGCCGGGCUUCGACGAAUUUUAUUUAGCACUUUUAUUUAUUUUUUUUUUUUUAAGAAAUUUUCUCAAAAAUCCCCUUUACAAAUAACUGCUCGUAAGCUCUUACACAUUGUCGGGCUCUCUAAACUGAAAUGACUAAUAGAUCAUCGUCUACGAUUAUGUGGCUUAUAUACCGCAGUAUCCACAUUCUGUUUUUGUUUACAAUUUUAAAUCAUCCAACGCCAUCGAAUUGAUGACGUUUCACAAGAAUUACACCACAUACCAUGCAGCUGAGGUGGUUUCUUCUGGGAUUUCAAAAGAUUUUUUACAAAAUACAAAUUAGUGUACUCUCAACUAUUCGGGAUAUAAGAUCGGCAAAACAAAAAGACUUUCUACAAAUCACCUUUGAAAAUAAAAACAUAGUGAUCAAAAAGUCAAAAGUGAACAAAAUAUCAAUCAAGCAAAAACAUCUUUGUAAGAAGCUCCAAAUAGCCGCCAUGUCUACACUUUUGCAAAAUUUCAAAGUAUUAAUCACCAAAUAUCCCAUCACAAGAGGCAUGAUUUCAUACAGUCUGAUAUGGCCCGUAAGUAGUCUGGUCCAACAGACAUUUGAGGGCAAAACUUGGGGUAAUUAUGACUGGUGGCGUUGUUUACGUUUCAGUUUGUAUGGAGGUCUCUUUGUCGCCCCUACGCUGUAUGGUUGGAUUAAGGUUUCUUCAGCCAUGUGGCCUCAGACAUCAAUUCGAACGGCUUUAGCUAAGGCAGCUGUCGAGACAAUAUCCUAUACACCAGGAGCCAUGACUUGUUUCUACUUCAUCAUGAGUUUGUUGGAGAUGAAAACCAUAGAAGAGGCAGCUUCUGAAGUUCGUAAGAAAUUUCUACCCACCUAUAAGGUUGGCGCUUCAGUGUGGCCUGUUGUGGCCACUAUCAACUUUUCUGUUAUCCCAGAGAAAAAUCGUGUGCUAUUCAUAAGUGUUUGUAGUUUAAUAUGGACCUGCUUUUUGGCCUACAUGAAACAUCUGCAGCAUCAUGAAAUGAAUGAAGAGGAUGGAUUUAUAGUAACAAAGAAAACAAAGGAAAAUUCAUGAUUGUCCCCGACGAAAAGAUAUUUUUUGUUUUUUUUUU